AUGAGCGCGCAUGUUGACGACGAGGUGCUGGUGCCAACUGCUCGUCAGACAACGUUUGCACCAGGACCUCAGGCUGGUGCAGCGUUCUUUACCCAGCCUUGGCGAAAGGAAAUGUCGGCGACAGUGACUGCGGCCGACGUUGAGGCGGCUAUCGCAGAAGCGAAUGCCGCACGUCCACUACUGCUGAGAGGCUCUGGCACCGAUGCAUUUGUCGAUGAGGCUGGGCGUAGCUGCAUUUACGCAGAAUGCCCUUUCGGCGUCUACAACGUCGCGCAGCCCUUUUUCGAGCCCUCUCACGAAUCUCAAGCAAAUCCGAGGCUGGACAUGUACGAUAACUACAAGAACGAGCCGAACACGGGCGAUAAGGAAGCGGCGAGGUGCUGGGAUGGCAUUGGGUGCAUGGCGCGUCGAAUCAAGCCCCUGGUAUGCCCGAACGACCAGGCACGCUGCAUAUGUGUGCCCGGAAUGACCGCCCAAGCGCGCGCAUCUUGGAAGCCGGCGUCCAACCACUGCUCGGGACCAUCAUUCACCGGAACGAACGAUAAUCCGGCUACUGUCAAGUGCUGCGACGGCCACGACUACUGCUACGGCACCGCGUUUACCACGAUGGCGGAGUGUGACAUGGCAUGGGGCAAUUGCCUCAUGGCGACUGCCGGGUACACUAAGUUCCAAGCGCAGACGGUGAUGUCGUUUUUGCAGCACUCGUAUUUCGUCGAGAGCCAGCAGUACGCAGUCGAGUGCGUCUGA